ACCUUUUUUGGCUUGGAGUUGGCGAUGCCAAACAAAACUAGAGACAGGUGAGCGAGUCAAAGAGAAGAAAUUAUCCAAAGGGACAUGCAAAGCCCGCUCUCAGAAUCUUAACUAUCAAUCCAUCCUUCAUUGAAAGCUUCACUCUCACUCUCUCUCUCUCUCUCUCUCUCUCCCUCUUCCCAACAUUUUCAAUUUCUUUAGCUCCCGUCGAGAAUGGCGUGAUUUACAUCAAGAGAAGCACCCCCAUCCCCAUGCUCGCCCCAUUUAUAAUCCCACAGAGCUACACAACCUUCUCUCUCCAUCCCCAAAAAUGGCGAGACCCACUUCCCUCUCUUGCCUUCUCUUCACUCUCUUCUCCUUCUCUAUUGCAUUGGCCAGCUCUCGCACCUUAUCCACCAUCCCCACCACCACCGUUCUUGACGUCGCUGCUUCUAUCCAUACCACCCUCAACGUCUUCUCGCUCGACCGCAAAACGAUACCCGUCGACCAGCAAGAAGAAGCUCAGCCGUCGUCUCCUUCUUCUUCUUCUUCUUCUUCCUUGACGCUGCAGCUGCAUUCACGGGCUACGCUGCAGAAACCUUCGCAGAGGGACUACAGGUCCUUGACAUUGGCCCGGCUGGAGCGCGACUCGGCCCGAGUCAAGUCCCUCGCGGCUCGCUUAGAUCUGGCCGUCAGUGGCGUCGCGAAAUCAGAUCUGAAGCCACUCGACGCGAGCGCGGAGAGAGAAAUCGGGGCCGAAGGUUUCGAGAGCCCGGUGGUGUCCGGGACGAGCCAAGGGAGCGGCGAGUACUUCUCGCGGCUGGGCGUCGGCGACCCGCCGAGCCAGGUCUACAUGGUCAUCGACACCGGGAGCGAUGUCAACUGGGUGCAGUGCGCCCCCUGCGCCGACUGCUACCAGCAAGCCGACCCCAUCUUCGAGCCGGCUUCCUCGUCUUCCUUCUCCCCUCUCGCCUGCGACACCCGACAAUGCAGGUCGCUCGACGUCUCCGAGUGCCGCAACGGGAGCUGCCUUUACCAGGUAUCCUACGGCGACGGCUCUUACACCGUCGGCGACUUCGUGACGGAGACCAUCACCCUCGGCUCCACUCGACUCAGGGACGUGGCCAUCGGCUGCGGCCACAACAACGAGGGCCUGUUCGUCGGCGCCGCCGGCCUGCUCGGCCUCGGCGGCGGCUCGCUGUCGUUCCCGUCUCAGCUCAACGCGUCCUCCUUCUCCUACUGCCUCGUGGACCGCGACUCCGACUCGGCCUCGACCCUCGAGUUCGGCUCCCCGCUGCCGCCCAACGCAGUCGCCGCGCCGCUGAUCCGGAACCCCCACCUCGACACCUUCCUCUACCUGGGCCUGACCGGGAUCAGCGUCGGCGGCGACCCGCUGCAGCUCCCGGAGGCGGCGUUCCAGCUCGGCCGCGACGGCAGCGGCGGGAUCAUCGUGGACUCGGGCACGGCGGUCACGCGCCUGCGGUCGGAGGUGUACGGGGCGGUGCGCGAAGCGUUCGCGAGGGGCACGCGGGGGCUGCCGGCGGCGGGGGGGUUCGCGCUGUUCGACACGUGCUACGACCUGUCGUCGAAGGGGAGCGUGGAGGUGCCGACGGUGGCGCUGCGGUUCGGGGACGGGGACGGGAAGGAGUGGGCGCUGCCGGCGAAGAACUACAUGAUACCGGUGGACUCCAACGGCACGUUCUGCUUCGCGUUCGCGCCCACGUCGUCGGCGCUGUCGAUCCUGGGGAACGUGCAGCAGCAGGGGACACGUGUCGGCUUCGACUUGAGGGGCUCGCGCAUCGGGUUCGUGCCCAAUAAAUGCUGAGCGCGGCUCGUGACGGCGCGUACGCUGAAUUGGCGGUUGUG